AUGCUUGACACAUUAUCCACCGAAGCUCCUACCACCACCAGCAGUAAUAACAAUACUAAUUCGGCAAAGCCGCUCUCGCGCAAACGGAAGCAAGACUUUGGAGGAACAGCAGACAAUAAGAAUGUGUGGUCAGAUUAUGUCUACUCGUCCCCGAGCUCGCCCUCAACCACCCUUCCAUCAUCCACCGCCGAUGCCUUGAUGCUGGAUCAUGCCUAUGACCUGAACCUGGACUCGAUAUUCUCGCACAACACGAGCACAGGCAUCAACCCUACCGCGGCCAGCAAUCCCUUUGAUUUUGACGGCGGCCUUCAUCAUCUCCAACAUCACAACACCCUCGACAACAACGGCUCCUCCUCAAGGCGCCAUUCAGUCGCCGUGGGCGAAUUGGACUAUCAUUCGUUUGACUCGAUCAAGCAGGACUUGGACAUGCGACGCUUCGAUGCCGACUUGCAGCAGUUGCUGGGCUUGCCUUCAUCAUGGUCCUCCUCCUCCAACAGCUCUUCUUCGACCGGUGGCGCCGGCGGUGUGAGCAGCCUCACGGACCACCACCACCACGUGGAACCCAUACAGCAUAAGCGGACCAUGUCGUUGCGACUGGAAACGUCAUUGCCAAUGCAGCAGCAGCAGCAAUCACAACAAUCAGCCUCGCCUACCACCCCAGCUUUCUUUUCCCCAAGCUUUUUGGAUGCUUUGAAUGCCGAAGAAGACAGAGAUGCACCACUUAUGUUUCCUACGGGUCCUACCUCCUUCCAUACUGCAUUGCCUCUGACCGAUCCUACUUCUGACUUUGGCGACCAGCAGUUGCUUCAUCAUCAUCAACAACAACAACAACAACAACAGCAAGGUUCCGAACCCACCACCACCACCACCACCACCACCGCUGCCACUACACAGACCGUUGCGCCGAAUGACAUGUGGUUUAAUGGCAUCGAUCACCUUCAGCAACAGCAACAACAGCAACAACAACCAAAGGCAACAACCAAGCGACGAGCGAGCAAGUCGUCUCAUCGCAUGUCACCGCCCACAUCGCCAUCCAACACCAUCACCUCAUCCAUGUCUUCGUCAUCACCUUCUCCCCCUAUCACGCCCAUGCAACCCACAACGAGCUAUGACCAGCUUUCCUACAAGCAUCAUCCUGCCAUUCCCGAAGAAGACGAGGAAAUGACGACCCCGUUCCAUGAGAGCGGCAACAACAACAACAACAACAACACUGCACACCAUCAACAAGCUCAAGCGGCGUUGGCGGCAGCAGCAGUAGCGGCAGCAAAUAACCGGCUGCGGACUUCCAAGAGCAGCUUGGUGACGGCCCGGAUGCUUCAGGGAGCCAACACAGCAACUGCACUCAAGCCGCAUGUUCAACAAUACCUGAUGAGCAACGAUCCUGCUGGCUCGGGCGAACGUACGGUCAUGAUCUUGACGAGCAAAGUGGCACAAAAGAGUUAUGGCACCGAAAAGAGAUUCUUGUGCCCGCCUCCUACCACUGUCCUCUCCGGAUCUUGCUGGUGGACUAAUGACAGCACAGGAGCAACACCAAGCGGCGGUCAAGAUGCGGCGUCACACAACAAGAGUAGCAACAACAACAACAACAACUUUGGUGCGGGUAGUGUUGGAUUUGCAAAUGGCCUUGUCUCCACCACAACAACAACAACAAAUGGUAGUAAUGGCAACAACAACAACAACAACAGCAGCAGUACUACUACUGCUACUAGUUCCGGUGUAUUGACCCCACCCAAGUUGACGAUCCAUAUCUCGGGCGAAGCAACAAGCCAGACGGGUGUUUUGGAAUGGUAUGCACCCAAUGGCACCGUCUUGGAUGGUUCUUCGAGCGCUGCAGCAGCAAGCAACGCAGCUGCGUCAGGUGAUUCCACCAUGUCUGCAAAGUGCGUGUCCAAGCAUCUGCACAUCAAUGAUGCGGACGAAAAGCGCAAGCGCGUGGAGGUGCUGGUCAAGAUGCAGCUCGGCAAUGGCUUACAGCUGGGCACAUUGGCCAGUAAAGGCAUCAAAGUCAUUUCCAAACCAAGCAAAAAGCGACAGAGUGUCAAGAACAUGGAAUUGUGCAUUCAUCAUGGCACAACCAUCUCCUUGUUCAAUCGUAUCCGGUCUCAGACCGUGUCAACAAAGUAUCUCGGUGUGUCGAGCAACGGACACAAGGGCAAUGGCAACGGCACUUGCUUUGUUGCGCGCACAGGGUCUUGGGAUCCGUUUGUGAUUUGGAUUGUGGAUACUUCACGGGCGCCUGACAUUACUGCGAUGCCCCGCAAGCACCACCCGACAAACCCCAAUUACCCGCCUCCUCCCGCCAUCGCUCUUCAAACCGACGCCAACCAGCAGCCACUGGCCAUCCACUACAACCAAGCCGUCGUCUUGCAAUGUGUCUCCACCGGCUUGGUCAGUCCCGUCAUGGUCAUCCGCAAGGUCGACAAGGGCAGCAUGGUGCUCGGUGGCAAUCGCAUGGAAGAUCUUUCCGGCACGACGGGCGGCGAGUGCGGUGACGAGUCACUGGGCGAUCCCGUCUCCCAGCUGCACAAGAUUGCUUUCCAGAUCGUCCAGGAUCCUUCCAUUGCUCACAACAACAAGGCCAAUUUCCGCGGCGGCUCGCAUCCAUCGCCCUAUGACCACCACCACCACCAACAACAACAACAACAACAACCGUGUUCACCGCAAUCACAGCAACAACAGCUCCAAGAAUGGACUUUGCCACAAUCAUGUCAGCCCAUCACUUAUCUGGCUUGUUUGAAUGAUGUGGUCGGCAUGCACAAGACGACCACAGCGCGUACAUUUAUCGCUACACGUCCUUCAUUGCCCAAUGCUGCAGCAGCAGCAGCAGCAGCAGCAGCCAAAGCAGCCCAGCAACCAGAAUCGCCGACAACGUGGUUGGAGGCACAGCAAAUGCUGAGCAACAUCAACAACAAUGACUUUGUGGUAUCUCAAGAAAGCAGCGGCAAGGUCGUGCGCAAGCGCCGCGUGUCAUGCGAUGUUGUCAAGCCCAUGUCUUUACCUGCCAAACUGCAGCAACAGUCGAGCGCCAUGGCAGCCCGACGCCGUGUCAAUUCUUUGAACGACGUGCCUGCUAUCACUGGCGGCGGUGGCGGCGGUCGACGCGGCAGCACCUCAUCCAUGCUGGGAGGAGAUCGACGUGGCAGUACGGACAGCAGCAGUGCAGGAGGUCAACAAGCCGACGGUGCAUGCUGGACUGAAGACGUAUCAGACGCUGCGGUAUGGACCAUUGUGGGCACGGAUUGCGCCACGUACACCUUCUGGACCCCUCCACCCCUUGUUGCAGGCAACACGUCGUGUGAGACCGGAUUUAACUCGCCAUUCACAAUGAACCCAUUGUAUGCCGAGCCUGCCAGUGCUCCCAUCACUCCGUUUCCAACGAUGGCUCAAGUCACUGAAUCAGGUGGUGGUGGUGGUGGUGGUAGCAACAAUAACAACAGUAACAAUAACAACAGUAGCGACCAGUUGACGAUCCAAGGUGAAAACCUGACGCGCGACUUGGCAGUCUGGUUUGGCGAUAUCAAGAGCCCGCGAACGGAUUAUCGGUCUCGCGAAUCGUUGACGUGUGCAGUACCGGAUCUGAACGAACUCUUGUCAUCACCUGCAAUUGUGGUUGAUGAAGAAGAUGGCCAGCGCAAGCUGCCUUUGCUGCUGGUCAGAGGCGACGGUGUUGUCUAUCGAACCGGCAAAUUCUAUUCCUUCUGA